GAAAAACAUUUACGAUAAUUGCAACCCAAUAGUUGAAACUUGAAAGUGGCAAAGUGGGAAGAAUCGCUUGGGAGAACAAGAACAAGCAUGCUAUUCUUCUGUCACCUCCUCUCUUUCUCUUCUUGUUUGUAGCCGCUGUUUCUGCUUCGUUCUCCUCACUUCAUCUCUUCAUUCACAACCCACAAGGGUCAAUUUGAAUGUAAGGACUGCAAUCAUUUUGUUGAGUGGUGGGUAUUGGAAGAUUUAUUUGAAAGAUUUAAAUUUGGUCAAUCUGUUCGGACGUUUCAAACUAAAUAUAGCUUGUUUGUCAGAUUGCCUGGCUACAGCAUCACUGUUAGGUUUGAAGUCUGUUCUUUUGAUGGAAUGCAAUAAAGAAGAGGCCUUUAGGGCUAAGGAUAUUGCUAUAAAGAAGUUGGAAAGCAAGGAUUUUCCAGUGGCUCAUAAAUUUGCUCUUAAGGCUCAGAAGUUAUACCCUGAUCUGGAGAAUAUUGGUCAAUUGCUUGCUGUUUGUGAUGUACAUUGCUCUGCAGAGCAAAAAUUGUAUGGUAAUGAGAUUAACUGGUAUAAAGUUCUUCAGAUUGAGAUGACGGCUGAUGAGGUAACAAUUAAGAAGCAAUACAGAAAGUUUGCUCUCCAACUUCAUCCUGACAAGAACAAGUUUUCUGGUGCAGAAGCUGCAUUCAAGCUGAUUGGGGAAGCACAAAGAGUGCUUUUGGAUAGAGUAAAACGAUCUGACCUUGACAGAAAGUGCAGGGUUGCAAUGAACAAUGCUACUAUGCCAUCUCGCCAACAACAGAAAGCUCACAUGAAUUCUAAACCUACAGUGCAGAACACUGUCAAGCCGAAUUUUAUGAACACCACCACUUGGCAGGGGCAACAGUCUAGGCAAACAUCUCAACAGGAGCUUAAUGGUGGUCGCCCUACUUUUUGGACUAUAUGUUCCUUCUGUUCUGUUAGAUAUCAGUAUUACAGGGAGGUUAUGAAUAGAUCCCUUCGCUGUCAACAAUGCAAUAGGGUCUUUUUUGCAUAUGAUGUUGGUAGUAAAGGUGCAACUCCAGCAACUAAUCCAAGUCCGCAAGCUUCUGGCCAGCAGAAUAAUGGUUUCAAUCAUGGUGCUUCCAAUGUAGGUGUUGGGUCUCAAGGUAAUGUUCAUGCUAACAAGUUCAAUACAGAGUCUAGGGGGAAAAAACGUGCUACUUCAGAUGUCUCGAGGAAGCCAAUUGGAAAGAGAAGGAAGCAGGAGUCCAGUGAAAGUGCUGAUUCGGUUAGCAGUGAUUCAGAAGAUGAUGUGGUUGUUGAAGAUAAUGGUUUUACUGAUUUACAAAAGAAUACAACUUCUAGAGAAAAGCAACCACGUAGAUCUACACGACAAAAACAUCAGGCUUCAAACAAGGUGAAUGCAAGUGCAAGUGACAGUGACAAUGAUGAUGACGAUGAUGAAUCAUUUCAACCUUCAAGUAGGUAUAAGAGGAAUGGAUCAUCAAAUCGUGCUGGUGAAAUGAAUAAUCAGAAUGGUUUAGCUUCGGAAAAUGAGGAUAACAAGGAGGUGAGGAGAAAGGAAGGUGCUGGAGAUUCAAACAUAGAUGAAGCAUCAGCAGAUCUUGUCUACCCUGAUCCACAGUUUAGUGACUUCGACAAGGACAAGAAAGAGGAGAAUUUUAAAGCUGAGCAGGUUUGGGCUAUGUAUGAUACUACAGAUGGCAUGCCUAGAUUCUACGCCAUGAUAAAAAAAGUUCUAUCACCGAGAUUCAAGUUGCAGAUAAGAUGGUUUGAGUCAGAUCCAGAUGACGAGGAUGAAAUCAAUUGGUCAAAUGAGGAAUUGCCAAUUGCGUGUGGGAAAUAUAAACUCGGUAAAACUGAAAUUUAUGAAUCUCGUGAAGCAUUCUCCCAUCAGAUUCUUUGGGAAAAGACUGGCCGCAACACUUUUAAAGUGUACCCUAGAAAGGGGGAAACUUGGGCUUUGUUUAAAGACUGGGAUAUUAAAUGGUAUGUGGAUGCAGAAUCUCAUCAGAAGUAUGAUUUUGAGUUUGUUGAAAUCUUGUCGGAUUUUGUUGAAGGUGAAGGAGUAGAUGUUGCACACUUGGCUAAGUUGAAAGGUUUUGUGAGCCUCUUCUGUCCAAUUAUGAAGGAAGGUAAUUGCUCGUCCCGAAUACCAUCGGCCCAGUUAUUCAGAUUUUCUCACAGGGUGCCUUCUUUUAGGAUGACUGGUCAGGAAGGAUUAGGUGUUCCUGUGGGAUCUUUUGAAUUUGAUCCUUUAUCCCUGCCUAUGAAUCUGGAAGAAGAGAUUGAUCUUCCGCAAGAUUUAAAAGCAAAAUCUUGUCACAGUCCUUCUGUUGGGGUGAGCACAAGGUCUUCAGAUGCUAUGAAAUUCAAAAUGAAAUCUGACAGUGAUGCAUCUCCAUCUAAGGUUAAUUUGGAAAGAAGAAACUCAGCAUUAAAGAACAAGGCUUCUGUUGAUCAUAUUGAUGAUGGUGUUGGUCCUUCUGAUUCAGUCACAACAGCUGUUGGAAUACCCGAUUCUCAGUUCUUCAAUUUUCAUGCCAAGAAGUCCCCUAAAAAUUUUCAGAUUGGCCAGGUUUGGGCAUUUUACCGUGAGAAUGAUAGCACCAAAGGAUGCCGUUAA